AUCUGCGUGAACCAAGCUGUUUAAUGGACCCAAGUCCUUAAAUUUGGAUAUUUGAGCGGGCUUGCUGCUAUGUAUGUUUUCGAGUUUUAUACCGAUAUGAUAAAACGUGGCUAAUGUUAGCAUAGUUAGCUCAGACUGAGUUCUCCGGGAAGUCACCGCGGUAAGUCGAAACUCAGCCAACGGAGGGUUGACGUGAGUAGCGGGAGAAUAAAAGCUGCACUGCAGCUGCUGAAGUACUCUAAACUGUUCACUGUUUGGUGGAAAACAAUAAGACAUCUGCUAAACAUGGAGAGACGUGACUUUGGGAAAGCCAGGCUGGUUGUACCCACUGAUUUCACUCAGUCUGCUGCAGCAAGAGGAAAUAUUCCUGAAGACCUUGUGCCCCCUUCACAUUUUACAUCGAGGGUUCACUCCACACAAGCACAGAGAAGUGUUAAAGUUCCUGUGACACCACCCCCCAUCUCCUGGAUCAACCCUGAAGUGUCAUCAGUGCUCCCAGCAGAUUGUGGUCCUGCCAAUCCAUGGCUCGCACUCUCUCAGGCCCAACAGGAAAUCUUGGAGCUGAAGAAGGAAAAUCAGAGGAUCCUGAUGCUACAAGGAGAGCACUUUGGAGGAGCUACUUCUGCGGAUCACUUGUCAGAGCUGAGGUCAAGUUGUAGAGCUACACAGAGAAGUGAGCAGUGGUCGAGAUUGGAAUCACAGUGGCAGAUGGAGGCAGAAAAGCGUAAGGCUGAAGCUGGACGGUUGAAGGAGCAGGUGGAAGCUCUGAAGGAGACCGUAGAGAGGUGCAGGGAGGAGAUACGAGACAAAGACACUGCCCUGAUCAGACACAGCCAUGAGAUGGAGGUAAUGUGUGAAGAGCUGUCUAACACUAAGACUGAACUCAGCCAAGUCAGAGAGGAGCUGAGUCUCAGCAGUGUGCAGAAGGAGAAAAUAAGCUCACAGUUGAAGGCGUCCUAUUGUGCAGAAUUGGAUACAGCAGCAAGAACAAACACAGAACUACAGGAGAGACUUCAAUCAAUAACCUCAGAAGUGCUGCAGCUAAAAAGCUCUCUGAUGGAGGUAUCUGCAGAGAGAGAUGGGCUGAAAGAACAUUUAAGCCAAAUGGGACGAGCUUUUGAGACACAAUCUGCCACCCUGCACAGUCUUAGAAAUUACAUCGGCCAGCUUGCCCCAGAGAAAGGGGAGAAGGAACAAUUAAACAAAGCAGUGGAGAAGCUGAGCAAAGAAAAAGAAGCUCUCCUGACGACCACAGAGCUUCUGACAGUCAGGCUCAACUCUUUGAAUGAAAUACUUGCCCUACAAGAAGAGAAGCUGAUGAAGAAGAUAUCACCAGAUCCACAUGUGAAAAAUGGAUGUGAAGGAUGUCAAGUGCUUCAACUCUGGAGAGAAAAAGUCUUCAAGUUAUGCAUCCAGCUUCGCUUCAAGGACAUCGAACUAAGAAGAGAGAAAGAGGAUCUUCUUUCAAAAGUCAGAUCUAUAGAGCAGGAGCUCCAGCAGGAGCAGCACCGUUCGACUGUGCUUCAACACAGUCUGCGUGACAGGAUAGCUGAGCUGGACCUGGAGAGAAUCGAAAAGAAGACUUUUAAAGAAGACCUGGCUAAGGUUGACAAAGAAAAUACUCAGCUGAGGUCACAGAGUCAAAAAGCUGAAGCUGAGUGUAAAACUUUGACUGAGGCAAUACACAGGUUCAGUCAGACAUUUGAAAACAAGGUGGCAGAAGUGGCUGCAGCCAAAACGAGGCUCUCCACUUUUACACAGAGGCUGACUUUUGCUCAGAGACGCGUGGAGACAAUCCAAGCGUUGGUUAUGAGGAGGGCAGCUCUGCAGAAAGUGGAACAGGCCUGUAAACAGACAGAAGAGGCUGAGGCUGCUGACAGAAAGCUCCAGAUCGAGCACACCUUGGUGUGUGAGGAGAGAGACAGACUCAGCCAGGAGCUCAAAAGAACCCCAGAGCUCAUUGACAAAGCUCUGGCUGAACUGAAGCACCAAUACGAGAGCAAAGUCAAGCAGCAGCAGCAGGAACUGGAGCAGAGCCGGCUGGAGCUCCAGCAGUCCGAAGCCGAUCGAGAGGACGCUGAGCAGAGCCUGCAGCAGAUCCGAGACCAGCUGGAGGAGAGCAAGGUCAACCUGGAGAAACUCCGCUGUGAGAUGCUCAGCCAGCAGGCGCUCAGCAAGCAGGCCCUGAAGGAACGAGUGUCUGAGAUUGAGGACCAGUGUGCUGAGAAGCUGCGAGAGAUGGAAGUUCAAGUCAACACAGCCAGGAGGGAGCACACCAAAGCAGUUAGGACUUUGCGGCAGUUCGAGAGAGAGGCAGCAAGGAGUCAGGAUGAGAUGAAAGAGAACACAAAGAGGGACGUGGCGAACAUAUACCCAGCGGACACAGAGAUUGAUAAAAAUCCACUGCUGGUCACGAGUGCUCAGAGAGGGCUGCAUCGAGACUUCGCCAGACCUCACACGGCAGCUCCACAAAACUUUGCCGCUUUCAGGAAAUAUCGACGCAAACCUCCAGAGAGGAGUUGCUCCGCGGGAACAAAAGACCACCAGGCUUCAGACGUGGCCCGUCUGCAUCCUGUCAGAGAGACUGCUGUGUGUUUUGGAGGAGCUCCACGCUCUCAGUGCUGCAGUGGUAAACAGCUCGGAGGACUCUGCGGAGGAGGAGGGACGGAGUGACAGUGUGGGACCAGCCACAGGCAGUCUGCACAGCUGAUACCUGCAGAUGAGUCACUGAGUCCUGUCAACACAUCUUUAAUUUGUACAAAAGGUGGGCAGUACUGAGGCUUCCGGGGAAUAACAAGUAGAGCUACUGGAAACAAUCAGACUCAGACAAACACAAGAAAAUCCUUUCAGGUCAAAAUGUUGCUAAAUAUAAAACAAGAAUUAUAGCUUCCCGGUACAGGCACAGUAUGUAUCCACUUACCACAAAUAUCAGGGCAAGGUUAUAAUUUAUUUUUUAAUUCAUCUGUUACAAUAUGUCAGUUUGUUCUCUUAGUGCUGGUGACAGGUUUUUGCAUAGUUAGCAGGUAAAGUUCCAUCCAUCCAACCAUCUUUCUUUGGAACAACUGUUUACUUAUUUAUUUGAUGCAACACUAAUAAAUUGUCUUUAUACAUUAAUUUUGUGUGUGUUUGUGUGGUAGAUAGUUUGGUAGAUGUAUACAAAGAGCUGAGAAUAUUACAUUUAAGUAUGUAUUAAUGUGAUUGCUGAAUGUUUCUGCUGUAAUAUGAACAACUUGUAAGAUCUAUAAGAUUUCAUAUUAGAAACAAAAAUCAAUAUUUUCUAUCUGAAGCUUUCUUAUAGAAGUCUAUUUU